CCUCACGGGCAGCCUUCAUGAGCGGCUCCCCCUCCACGUAGGUCCGCAGCAGGAUGAUGACCUGUCAGGUGCUGCGUGCUGCGUCUCGCUCCACAGCGGCAGCAGCGGCACAGCCUGGUUAUGUCGCGUCUGAGCGGUGUCAACUCAGAAGAAAUCACCUGAGUGAUCUUCACCCUCCGCUCGGAUUAUUUUUCUUUCACCUUCCCCCGCAGGUCUCAUCCCCUCGUGAUUGACUGACCGUCAUGACUUGUGCCCUCAGGAGCGUGAAGCCACGAACGCGUCAGGAUGAAAACCCUUCGUUUUGGUGCGUGCGCGUCCUUUCAACCUCUCCGUAAUUACGCGCGGCGAUUAGGCCGAUCGAUCUAUUGAUUAAACGAUGGGAAGACCUUGAGUGUAUCGAUACACAGGACAAAGAUUAGAAGUUCAUUUAAACGUUGCCAUGGGGCAGUGUUCGGACUGAAACACUGGGAGAUAGAGUGACACCAAGGAAGAGAGGAAGAAAGCGAGAGCAGGGGAGAAAUCAUGGUCAUCACUGAUAGAACCAACGGCACCCCUGUACCUAAAAAGGAGUCCCAGAAGAAGACGAAGAGGAGGAAGUCUCGCCCUCAUGGCCUGCCCUCUCCGGCCCUCUGCUGUGCCUGUGGCCUAUGCAUCAUGCUGGCUGGACUCAACAUCACUCUGGUGGGAGCGUUCGCCUUCAGUACACUGGUGCCUUCUGCCAAUCCCCCGAUCAUCAUUGGACCUAUCCUACUGCUGGUGGCCUUCUCCUUUUUUGGGGCCUGUUGUGUCUGCAGCCGCCUCCCACCUCCCAACAGCUCACGGAGGUCAAAGGUGGGCGGCAGAGGCACGGGACUGAUGGGACACGGCGGGCUGACUGGCGGGGCAGCUUUUGAAAUUGAGACCAGCGAGCACACGCUGCAGGACACUACAGCUGUGCAGCUCAGCCCCACAUCAUCUCCUGGGUCGUCCCGGGCGUCCAGCCCAGACAGGGAGGCUCCCGAUGCAGCCCCGCCAAGCUUCUGCAAGGUCUUCACCAUGGAGACCAACGGCUCUUCUUCUAUUUCCGCCACUGCAGUCUACUCAGCCUCCACAGCAGCAGGAGGGGAGGUGCGGCUCAACCUGCCGCGUGAAGAAGUGGUCACCUAGCAGAGAGGACACUGUUCCAAGGCCAGAGUGCUGGCAGUGUAAAUAUCCUUCUGGGUCGAGGGCUCGCUGAGUGAUAUUGUGUCCUCCAGUUAACGUCGUGCCAUAUUUCUGGUUGUGACAACUUCUUAAAAGUAUGCUUUUCAUUUCUCUUGCUGUGCAGCCCACUGGUGAUUAGCAUGCAAAGUUGAUUAACACCUAAGUAUUCGUGGAACAGAGGUUUUGGAAUUUAAAUUCCUACCUCUCCUGUGCUGUUUUCCUGCAAGUGUUUGUUUCUGUUUUUCUAACGUUGGGCAUUAUGAACAGUUGUGUCUGAAACCAUACUUUUACUAGUGGAAACCUCAGCUGUGAUUUGAGAAAAAAAAUGUGAUUGUGCAUUUGGUCUGAAACAAAAAGGUCGGCAGUGAAAGCCGUAGAGUUGAACUGUGCAGGUAUGUGAUGACUUUUGACAUUUUUAUAUGCCAUUCUCAGUGCUGAGCUUGUUUUUGGGGCACGAAAUAUUGCAGGUCACAGGGGUCCCAAAGCAAUAUAGUCCCACCUCCCAUCAAAUUCUAGGCAUUUACAGUCUUUUUCACCAGUAAGUGAUUGCGCAACAUGACCAACACAUUUGAAAUAGACAAAGUGCAUAUAGUGUUUUUACAAGUGUGUGCAAUGUUGGCUUGUGAAAGCAUCAUUCUUGUAAUUUGACAUACAAGAACACUGUGAUUAUAAUGUUUCUCACCAAAAUCUUGGCAGCCUCUGAUUUCACACCUGUAUUUUUAUUGAAGGUAACUGUAACUUAAAUCUCAGUUUCAAGGUAGGACUGUAAUCAAGGUGAAAUCCUUCACAUCAGUCGAUAUUGAGAAUUAUCACGAUAAAUCUCACAUUAUUAUUUCUUUUUACCUUAAAGUCUGAUUUUUGAAUGUUGUGGUUUUGAACUCGUCUUUGUGGACAGAGAAACUAAUCUGAGGUAGAUUAACAGAGCUCAACAUCGGGGUUCUAGAAGUAAAAAUCCCAUUCAUUUUCCGAAUAGAGAAUUUGAUUAUCAGCCAUAAUAUUUUACCCAUCCAAGGUAGACUUUGGAUUUAAGAAAAACAUGUUUUAUUUGCUACAAGACAAACCAAAAUCCCUGGGUGUAAUAGUGACAUCUGUAAUUGGUCGAGACUGUUGUUACCAUGGUAAUGUUUGCCACACCUUCCAAAAUCUUGUUGUCUAUGAUUGGAUGGUUCAGUGUUACAUUAUGUUUACCACAGAGAAACCAUGAUUAUGUCCUGGACGUCCUUGGAAAGGGACCAUUCACAUUGGUUUAUGGGAGAUGUAGUUUUUUCCUACACAGUCUUGUACCUUUGCUGUUUUGAGUUAUAUUGCCAUUGAUUAUAUUGAUGAUAUUGUUUGAUUGCCGAGACCUAAUCAUUAUUCUUUCAGUGAUUUCGAUACAGUGUAGUGCAGUUUGGAUCAUGAGCCAUUUGGAACAGAGACUAACCUCACUGUAAUGUGUCAUGUGGAUGAGUUAGUUAAGAAAAUAAAUUUAUAGUGUGAUUGUACACAGAAAGAUUAUAAUGCGACAUUCUUACCCAAAUUACAACAUGUUAAUUCUCAUUUUUCCAUGUGUAACAUUUAGUUCCACUGGACCGAGCAUACACAGCAUACAUGGUAAAGCCAAGCGUGAAUUUAAAUAUUCAGAAUGCAUAAAAAGUAUUUGUUCCCCAUCACUGUGAUGUCUUUGUCAGUUAUAAACCUGACUGGUAGAAAAAAGACAUUCAAACCCUGAUUUCCUUUGAAAGGAACGUUGCCUUAGACUGACACAUCAGGAUCAAACUAAUGAGGGCUAUAUAAAAAUGCACAACAGCAGUUUUCUUCAGAAAAGCCUUUGUUUGGCUCUGGAUUUCUAUUCCACGUUGUUUGGAAAAGCCUCACCAGCUUGUUUUUGUGGAUGUAAUAAAUGCAUGCAAAUGGCUCCUAAGUGUUCAAACUCUGAAAUGUCUAUCUGGACAUAAAGCCACUGACCUGAGCAUAAAAUGUUAUCCUCCAUUAUUUGUGACAUUUGUGUUCAGAGAACUGAAUUAUGGAAAACGCAAACACCCUGUUGUGAACUAUUUGUGUUUUCUGUGUAAAAGUUUAUGUAGCACUUAUACAAACAUUUGAAAAAUGUAAAGGAAAGAGUAUUUUUGUGAAGACUAUCAUUUUGUUAAUUUUGAAAGUACCCAAUCCAAAUGUGAAUCCUCAAAAUAUCUAUAUAUAAAUAAAUAAA